AUGCAGGCUGCUGGAAAACAAUCCAUGCCGCAAUCCCCAUGCCCAUCAUAUCGCCACUCUUUGGAAACAGACGCCGUCGAGCCGCAAAUAUCAUCACUCGCUUGGAUAAAUGCCCGUCAGCUACCCAGCCCUUGGAAAAUCAGAUUGCUUGUCGAAGAAUACUUUAACAAUAUCCACCCUCUACGAUGCUUCGCUUUCAUCCACAGACCUACAUUUUUACAGAGGCUGGAGAAAGAUAAAAAAUUUCAACACAAUGCCCUGCUCCAUAUAAUUUGUGCCCUUGGUGCCCAAUUUUAUGCACUUUCCUACAGUGAGACUGUAACACCGCUUCCGUCGAAGUUUAUACUAUUGGCAGGCAAUGAGUGGGCCAAAGUUGCCCAAAGUCUUAUCCUCGACUCGCUGGAUACUGUCACGAUCGAGAAUUUGAGGGCAGCUGUACUGUUAAACGAUUAUGCAAUCCGCAUGGCGAACUUUGCCAAUGCGUUUAUGUUGAGUGGAAUCAUUACGCGCAUGACCCAAGCCUUGCAGAUCAACCUGGAAUACAACACAGAUCUGCUCUGCCAGAAUAAUGAUGUUGGCCCUUCGAUAACUGCCAGGGAAUCUCGUCGGCGACUCAUGUGGAGUUGCUAUGUGUUGGAUGCUCUCGUUGGAAGCGGAGUUGACCAGCUGACACUAGUUGACGAGAAGGACAUGAAAAUUCAGCUACCUUGCAAUGAGCGGAAUUUCACACAGCAGAUUGCAUGCCUCACAGAAACACUGGAGCCUGGAAGCUGGCUGAGUUUUGUUCCUGAAGACGUGGAAGCUAGCGCAAUCCAACCGAACAUGGGUAUUAUGGCAUAUUUCAUUCGGCAUGUCUCGGUUCGUAAAAGAGUUCUGAGAUACAUCAAACAUCUCGAUGAAGCCAUGGUCCCUUGGGACCCUCAGUCCGAGUUCGCUAUGCUGGACGCAGAUUGUCGUACAUGGUACGAAUCCUUGCCUCCGAGCUUGCAGUUCACACGCAAUGCGAUGUACAUCAGAAAAGACAGCUCGCAACUUGGUGCUCUUUGCGUCUUACACUGCGCGCACUACCAGACAAUAUGCGAUUUGUACCGACUAGGCGCACCAGCUCUAUACAAGCUGCGCGCUGCGUUCGAGUUUCCUCCUGAACAGCGGGACUUUCUGAAACAACUACAACAGGUUCUAUUCGAUGCGGCAAGGUCACUAGCGAGUAUCAUCGGGGAGACAGCCAGCCACGGAUCACGCAUGUUGGCAGACUCCUGGCUUCCAACGAUUACUUACGACAGCAGCAGGAUUAUGGUCUAUCAUUUAACACAGAUCCUUGACCCCCGUGCCGACGAAACAAGAAGAAUUACAAUUGAGACUAUUCCUCUCCUGCGGAGUAACAUUAGCUCCUUGAAACUGAUGGGAUCACUCAGCAUGAUUUCUAACUCACUGUGCUCUGCAGCCGAAACCAUGCUUGACCGCUCAGGUAUAGGCUCAGAUGUUGUCGCCCAGAAUAGUAUACCCGAUGAUCCUUACCAACCUCAUGGAGAAGAAGACCAGACCAGUGAGAGUGUUCCGGGAACCCCAGUGCAAAGCGCACCUGACUACGUACUGAACCCAUUGUCCAUAUUUCGCAUGGCACGCAAGUCUAUUCCGGAAAGACACGCCCCUGAAAAGGCCGCAACAUCUUCAGCCCCGAAUAGCGCAAAGCCGAAUUCUACGACCGAGGUAGAUCCGCCUUGGGUUGGGCCUAUACAGCAAGGUGUGGAAACAGAGGCUUCGCAUGAUCCAGAACUUGGAUUGGGCCAGGCUAGCCUCGAAGAGCUGCAGACGCUGUUCAUGUCUGACUUGGGCUGGGCAUGGCAGCCCGCAGACACAGCUGUGGGUUCAGGUAUUGAGGCAGCUGGAUUACUGCCAUGGGCUGGUGGCUUUUCCACAACUCAAGCAGAGCCGUGGGUACCGGCGUUUCCAUUCUCCCAACAGGGUUAA